AUGGGCCGGUCGCCGUGCUGCGACAAGAUAGGGGUGAAGAAGGGUCCCUGGACCCCCGAGGAAGACAUCAUCCUGGUCACCUACAUCCAGCAACACGGCCCCGGAAACUGGAGGGCUGUUCCUGCCCACACAGGUGAGACGCCUUCUUUCUUCCGUAUCUAUCUCACUUCGCCUUCUUUCGCCACUUUCCCAAACCCCUGAAGGCCUAGACCUCAUUCGCCGUGCACCGACGAAACAUUGGUGGACGCAGUUAAGAGGUAGCCCUUCGCCGACUUCCAAAACCCAACGAUUCCGAACAAUGAUUUAAAAUCUUCGCAUAUCGAGGUGGGUUCGAAUGAUUAAGCGAUGAUCACCUUUCCCCAAUUCCCGAGACCUGUGAAGGACUGGAUGAAGAAGAUUAAGCCCACAUCAUAGUGGGGUCAGGAGGAUUUAUUGACAGACUACGCCUGAUCUUUGCUCCAUCUUCUGUUAAAUUAGGUCUUCGCAGAUGCAGCAAGAGCUGCAGGCUAAGGUGGACGAACUAUCUAAGGCCAGGGAUCAGGAGAGGAAACUUUAGCGACAAAGAGGAGAAGCUCAUCAUCCACCUCCAGGCCCUUCUCGGCAACAGGUGAUGGAACAAACCCAUGGAAACCCUAGAUCAUAAAGUUUCUCUCACGCAUGUGAGCUGUUUGAGACUGACAAUCGUGCGUCUUGUAUGGAAAUGCAGGUGGGCUGCCAUAGCUUCGUACCUCCCCGAGAGGACGGACAAUGAUAUCAAGAACUACUGGAACACCCACCUGAAGAAGAAGUUUGGGAAGGUCGGUGAGGACGGCGUCGGCGCCGGCGCCGUGAGCUCGGAUAGCCACCAGUCCAUGUCGAAGGGACAGUGGGAGAGGAGGCUGCAAACUGAUAUCCACAUGGCGAAGCAGGCCCUCCGCGAGGCCCUGUCCAUGGAAACUCCUGCCUUCAUGACCGAGGUGGGAAAGCAGCCGUCUUCUUCCCACUCUGGCGAGUUCAACUCGGUCUUGACUCGGAGCCAGACCAUGUCGUCCUCCUCGGCGGCUGCGGCGGCGGCCACCUAUGCCUCCAGCGCGGAGAACAUUUCUCGUCUCCUCCAAGGCUGGAUGAGGAACACGGAGACGCCGGCGCCUAGUGGGCGGGUCUCCACCACCAGGUCCAGCUCCGAGUCGACUCAGCUCUCGUCGAAUAAUACCCCCGGUGACUCCGCCUGUAGCGGCGGCGCUGCCCCGACGACAACCGCAGCAAACGACCGGGUGGCUCCGGGCGGUCUCCAUUCGGUCGUGAGGUUUGAAAGCUUCUCAUCUGCGCCGCCGACGGAGGAAAACUCGAGGAGAAGACUCUUCCAGGAGGAGACUAAGCCGACGCCUCUUUCCUUGCUGCUGGAGACAUGGUUGCUCGAUGCCGAGGAGGGGGGGCCGGGACCCGAGGCCCUCUUGGGCAUGUCCCUAGACAACAACACAGUCGAGCUGUUCUGA